AUGCAAGAGGAAUCAUUAACUCAUGAACAAUUUCUGGCUUGGACCUUAUCAAACAAUACGUCCCCAUCAAUUCAAUACAUCUUGAAGCAUCGUGUUGUAAAAGGAGAAGUUCAAUAUUUAGUCAGAUAUAUGGAUACGAAAAAUUUUCCAUAUGAUGCUUGGAUAAGUAGCAGUAGGAUUACAAAUAUGCAACCAAUUAUUUCGUAUAUAAACAAACAAAAUCCAUCUGACUUGAAGCCUAACUUAGAUCCAAAAGAACAGCCUCAUGAGUCUGACGAUGAAAUAACAGAAAUACAUAUUAAGCAUGCUAAAGCAAAUACUGUGCCUUUAACUCCUGCAGUUAGUCAAAAGAUCAGAAUUCUCGAAUUAAUCGACGAUAAUCAUUUCAAAGUCAUUUAUCCUGGAAAUACUAAGAUUGAAGAUGCUACUCGAGAAGAUUUAAUAAAGAAUUACAAGGAAGAAUUUUAUCAAUUCUACAACCAAGAGAUGGCAAAAGUAUUCGACGAAGUAAAGGCAAAAGGACUUUCCUCCAAAGAAAAAGCUGAAUUAUUAGCAUUAAUAUCCGGGAAAUAA